AUGGCUGAACUGGUCGACACAUUACUAGACCACAACACCACAGACUUCAUGCCCAUGCUGACGACGGCAUUCACAACACAAGCCACUCAGCAGUCAACUGUUUCAUGGAGAACAGGAGAAGGGAACGUAACAGAACAAGGGGGGGGGGGACGGAGAAGAACCAGUCAACCAAUCAGGAAGAAGAACCAGUCAACCAAUCAGGGAGAAGUACCAGUCAACCAAUCAGGAAGAAGAACCAGUCAACCAAUCAGGGAGAAGUACCAGUCAACCAAUCAGGAAGAAGAACCAGUCAACCAAUCAGGGAGAAGAACCAGUCAACCAAUCAGGGAGAAGAACCAGUCAACCAAUCAGGGAGAAGAACCAGUCAACCAAUCAGGAAGAAGAACCAGUCAACCAAUCAGGAAGAAGAACCAGUCAACCAAUCAGGGAGAAGAACAAGUCAACCAAUCAGGGAGAAGAACAAGUCAACCAAUCAGGGAGAAGAACCAGUCAACCAAUCAGGGAGAAGAACCAGUCAACCAAUCAGGGAGAAGAACCAGUCAACCAAUCAGGGAGAAGAACCAGUCAACCAAUCAGGGAGAAGAACCAGUCAACCAAUCAGGGAGAAGAACCAGUCAACCAAUCAGGGAGAAGAACCAGUCAACCAAUCAGGGAGAAGAACCAGUCAACCAAUCAGGGAGAAGAACCAGUCAACCAAUCAGGGAGAAGAACCAGUCAACCAAUCAGGGAGAAGAACCAGUCAACCAAUCAGGGAGAAGAACCAGUCAACCAAUCAGGAAGAAGAACCAGUCAACCAAUCAGGGAGAAGAACCAGUCAACCAAUCAGGGAGCAGACCAGUCAAUAAUCACCCAAUCACCCCUACGUCAUCUGGCACUCCUGAGGCGCGCCAGUGCCAGCCGCGUCAGUCCUCAUGCCCAAUAUGUUCCGUUCCUGACACAAUCCACCAAUACGUUCAGAAUGCGACGUAA